AUGAAAGAUGCUAAUCCAGAUCCAAUUAAAGUGAAAAAAACAGAGCAUCCGAAAAUUUCUAAAGUGACUGUACAUCCUCUCGUUCUUCUCGGUGUUGUCGACCAUUUUAACCGUGUUGGUAAGAUUAGCGGUGGUCAAAAACGCGUUGUUGGUGUUCUUUUGGGAGCUCUGCGUGGUAGCAUCCUAGACGUCAGCAACUGUUUUGCGGUUCCAUUCGAAGAAGAUCUAGCCGACCCGAAUGUAUGGUUUCUUGAUCACGAUUACUUGGAAAAUAUGUUUGCGAUGUUCAAGAAAGUCAAUGCCCGGGAACGUAUUGUGGGCUGGUAUCAUUCGGGCCCAAAAUUAUGUACAAAUGAUAUUAAGAUCAACGAACUAUUCAGAAAGUACACACCAAACUCUGUUCUCGUCGUUGUUGAUGUUAAAACGAAUGAAAGUGAUGGGAUCCCUACUGAAGCUUAUAUAGCAGUUGAGGAAGUUCAUGAUGAUGGGACUCCAACUACAAAGACCUUCGAUCAUCUUCUUUCUGAAAUUGGUGCUGAAGAAGCGGAAGAAGUUGGUGUUGAACAUUUAUUGAGGGAUAUAAAGGACUCGUCUUUGGGUAGCUUGACCCAGCGUAUCAAUGCGAAGUUGGCUGGUCUCUGUGGAAUGUUACAUCAACUAGAUGAAAUCCACAAUUACCUCCAGCUUGUUACAAGCAAACAAUUACCAAUUAACUAUCAGGUUAUGUACAAACUGCAGGAUAUGUUUAACCUUCUACCAGACGUGGAACUGUCUGAUAUGGUUCGAUCCCUCAAUAUGACAUCUAAUGAUCAAAUGCUAAACAUCUAUGUUGCUUGUGUGAUGCGAGCUAUUCUUGCUCUUCAUGAUUUGAUCAACAAUAAGUUAGCAAAUCGAGAGAGUGAGAGGAAUGAAGAUGAGGGCAAAAAGGUACCAAAAAGCGUUGCUGCGGCGGAUCAAUCCAAGGACGAAGCGAAUGCUGAGAAGCCCGCUAAGAAGAGGACGUAA